UUGCUCUGAAGCUGAUAUACUGGACCAAUGCCCAAGGAGGCUCAGUGGGAGCCUGAGCUAGAAGGACAAAGGCCAUGGGUGUCCAAGUAUCUGUAGUCAUUCCAAACUGGCGGUGCCGGUGGGCUCUGCCCUGGGCCAUGCUGCUGCUUCUCUUAGGUUCUGAGUUCCUGGAAGAAGUAGAGAGUGAAGAUGAAAAACCUACGAUGAGCUACUUACUUGCAACUGUGGAAUAUGCCAUACACAUAUUCAACCUGCAGAGCAACGAUACAAAUGCCUACAGGCUGGUGCGCAUCUUAAAGCCCAGGAGAGAGCAGAUAGAAGAGAGCUUGGCCUUCUCCAUGGAGCUGGAGCUUUGCAGAACCAAAUGUGGGAAAUUUGAUGAUGACAUUGACAACUGUCCCUUCCAAGAAAGCCCAGAGCUGAACAAUACUUUCAACGGCUUCUUCACCAUUGCCACUAUACCCUGGGAAACCACCUUCAAACACCUGUACAAUGUUUGCUUCGAGGGCUUCCAUUGAGUGCUGCUAUACCCUGCCUGACUGUGGCUGUUCUGGAUCCAGUUGCUCCUUAUAGGUGUCUCUUCAGUGGCUGUGCAACACCAGCUCUGUUUGUUUUCUAGCAAGUGCCUGGAUCUCACUUCCAGCCAUUAUGGAAAUUCCUCAUUGUCCAUUUUUUUCAUAUAGAAUAGAUUAUUAAAAAUCAGCAUUUCAAGAAG